CAAUCUAUACUUGGAUAUUUUCGGAAGGAGCGUCAUUUUUGGGCGCCCUCAUGAACGGAAGUUGUUCUACGUAGUGUUGCCGCUGCGUGGAUGCGAGAUUUGAUUCUGCGGAACUAUUGCUGAUGGGGGACGAAAAGGACAACUGGAAAGUGAAAACGCUGGACGAGAUACUUCAAGAAAAGAAACGCAGAAAAGAGCAAGAACAAAAGAGUGAUACAAAACGUCCCAAAAAUACUGAUGACCGGGAUUCAAAACGUGAUUCCCUGGAAGAAGGCGAGCUUCGAGAUCAUAGAAUGGAAAUAACUAUCCGUAAUUCUCCAUAUAAAAGGGAAGACUCAAUGGAAGACAGAGGAGAAGAAGAUGAAUCUCUAGCAAUUAAACCACCUCAGCAAAUUAUGAGGAAGGAAAAAUCACAUCACAAAAAGGAAGAGAAACGAAAAGAGAAAAGGCGGCACCGCAGUCACUCUGCUGAUGGAGGCAAGAGAGGAAAACAUAUUCGCUUGAAGGAGAGAGAAAGUGAACGACGUAAAAGACAAAGAGAAGAGCAAGAUAAAGCCAGGCGGGAAUGGGAGAGACAGAAAAGAAGAGAGUUGGCUAGGGAACACUCAAGAAGAGAGAGGACCAUAGGAGGCCAGAGGCUACCCCAACAGCAGGAUCGCUUAGAACAACUGGAACGACAGAGGGAGAGAGAACGGAAGAUGCGAGAGCAGCAGCAAAAAGAACAGACAGAGCAACGAAGACGUGUUGCUAAGGAAAGAAUUAAGGACCGAGAUAUGAGAAGAGAAGCACUGCCAUCCCACCACAGAGGUCCAAAGGAGGAAUAUGGAGAAAAAGUGAAGCAAGGUCAUAGGAGUAGGAGCCCAAGUCGCCAACAUCGAACUCGUCCUGAUGUGGCAGCAACCAAGAAGCCAGUUAAAGAGGAAAGACAAGAAAAGAGAGACCCUUUAUCAGAUCGAGAAGAUGUGAGUGAUAUUGAGAUGAAGACGAGCACUGCUGAAUCUUCCUCUGGAACAGGGACUGGUUCAGAAGAGGAGGAAGAGACAAGCAGUGAGUCCAAAGAUGAGGAGGAGGAGGAAGAGGAGGAAGAGGAAGAAUCUGCUACCAAUUCUGAUGUGUCGGAGCAGAGUGCAGAUGAAAUAAGUGAAGAGGAGCAAACUGAUGAGGAAUAUGAGGAUGAAACAGAGAAUGGAAACCACAACCCAGCUGUGCCAGAAUCUAGGUUUGAUCAUGAUACUGAAGAGAGUGCAGAUGAAGAAGAGGAAGAUGAAGAAGAAGCAGAAGAGGCAGAGCAGUCUCCUCAAAUUCAAUCCCAGUCUAAUACUCCAGAAGGCAAUUAUAUCCCAGAGUCACCGCCUAUGUCUCCUGUCGAAUUUAAGAAGGAGCUACCAAAAUAUCUACCAGCACUUCAGGGAUGCCGAAGUGUUGAAGAAUUUCAGUGUUUAAACAGAAUUGAAGAAGGCACCUAUGGGGUUGUGUACAGGGCCAAAGACAAAAAAACAGAUGAAAUUGUAGCCUUGAAACGUCUGAAAAUGGAAAAGGAAAAAGAAGGAUUUCCAAUUACAUCUCUCAGGGAGAUUAACACCAUUCUUAAAGCCCAGCAUCCAAAUAUUGUCACUGUUAGGGAAAUAGUAGUCGGCAGUAACAUGGAUAAGAUAUACAUUGUGAUGAACUAUGUGGAGCAUGACCUGAAAAGUUUAAUGGAAACAAUGAAGCAGCCGUUCUUGCCAGGUGAAGUGAAAACACUAAUGAUUCAGCUCCUUCGGGGAGUACGCCAUCUUCAUGAUAACUGGAUUCUUCACCGUGAUCUCAAAACAUCAAAUCUAUUACUGAGCCAUAAAGGAAUUUUAAAGAUUGGUGAUUUUGGACUUGCCAGAGAAUAUGGUUCUCCUUUAAAACCUUACACUCCUGUGGUGGUUACUCUUUGGUACAGAGCUCCGGAACUGCUGCUGGGUGCCAAGGAAUAUUCAACAGCAAUCGAUAUGUGGUCUGUUGGAUGUAUAUUUGGUGAACUGAUAACACAAAAGCCUCUCUUCCCUGGAAAAUCUGAAAUUGACCAAAUUAACAAGAUAUUCAAGGAUCUUGGUUCUCCUAGUGAAAAGAUUUGGCCAGGAUACAAUGAGAUGCCAGCAGUCAAGAAAAUGACCUUUGCAGAGCAUCCGUACAACAAUCUCCGCAAGAGAUUUGGAGCUUUGCUUUCUGACCAAGGAUUUGACCUAAUGAACAAAUUCCUCACUUAUUGUCCUGCCAAAAGAAUCAAUGCAGAGGAAGGGCUGAAACAUGAAUAUUUUCGUGAGACACCUCAACCCCUCGAUCCUUCUAUGUUUCCAACAUGGCCUGCCAAGAGUGAACAGCAGAGAGUAAAAAGAGGAACCAGCCCACGCCCUCCUGAAGGUGGUCUUGGGUAUAGUCAGCUGGGAGAUGAUGAUUUGAGGGACACUGGCUUCCAUCUGACCACAACAAACCAGGGUGCUUCUGCAGCAGGUCCCGGCUUCAGCCUCAAGUUCUGAUUAUAUCAGGCAGACUAGAAACAUUGCUGUAGACAAUGGGAACGUUAACGAUUUCUUGACCUAAUUUAUACUACAGUGGCUCACGGCUACAGUUGGACUUUUGUUUUCAUUCAUACUGCUUACAGGUAUCUGGACAGUGCAGUUGUGAGUGACAAGAGACUUUUUUUGAAGAAACUGUAGUCCACUCCCAAGUACCUUUGACUCGAUAAGGUUUUAUUGAAAAGAGUGCUGUGGACGGCUGGAGUCUGUUUUUAAAUUUACCUGCCAAUGGCCUCGUCUCAAUACACUUGUUGGACAGUGAACUGUGUGACACGGAGAGUCCUGGACAAAGAGAAAUUGAAAAUGUAAAGCUAAUAUUUUAUUCUGGAAUUCCUAUAUAUUAGGCACUGUGUUCAGUUAUAGAUAAGUAUACUUUAUUUUUAGUCUUUAAGCAGUUUAUUUUCUGUGAGAAAAGAAAAAUAAAUUUCCUUUUGCAUGGAUUUUUUUUUUUUUGGUCUGCAGAUGAUAAACCGUGGAGUGUAACUGCUUAAUGAUGUGAGACAUAAAUGGUAUGUCCUGAUCAGUGAGAAUCUCACAAGGGAUACCAAUAUGUGUGAACAUAACAGAGAUUACAUUUGCGAUAGUCUGGGCGUCCGGGCAUUGCGGCACUGCUACUUCUGGAUAUCUUGUGGUGUAAUCGAUUAACACGAGCACAUACUGAAAGCCGCUUUUGGGAAGCUGGCCAACAAUAUCGAAUCCCACCCUCUCAAAGGGGAGUCUAAAAUAGGCAUCGGUACCAGGGGUGCCAUGCUGGGUCUGUGAGCAGAAACUAUUUGACAGUCAGGACAAACCUUACAAAAUCGUUCCACAUCCUGACCCAUACUCACCGAAUAAAAGUGUUUUGAAAUGCA